UCUCUUUUGGCUCUCACAAAAUCGAAACAUUUUGCGCGAAAAUAACAAUCAAAAUAUAACGAUAUUAUUAUAGUUAAAGUAUUAAAUAUUAUAAUAUUGGAAAUUUUAAAUAAAUUUAGUGUUUUUAAGUACAUUUAAAGUUAUUUGAAACUCAAAAAAAUACAAAGGGGAUGAUCUUUGUAAGGUUUAAGCAUAACAAAGGUCUUAAACAUCGGCUUCACUGCGUGGUAUAAGGAUCGUCGCUAUGGCCAUCAUACAGUCGUGCUGCUGUUGGCGUAGCCUUCGUAGAGGCUGCUACGCCUCUGCGAUAUACACUUUGGUAUACUUCGCGGUAACCAUAGUAACGAUGGGGCACUUUAUCGACGUUGAGCAUCGCUACCUAUCCGGCCAAAUGACUGAACCCGAAUCGGAGAGCUUUCUCGAGCCGGAAAAAAUAACUCCAAUAACAGUGUCUCUUAACAUCACGCUUCUGGCAUGCAGCAGUUUGGGCCUCAUCUCUUGUGUCGUACUCAUGGUGGGAGUGUAUAAGGAUAUCAAAUUUAUGCUUCUACCUUGGAUUGUGUCUAUGGGAUUGGAAACCCUCGUUGAGCUGAUCAACGUAUGCUAUCUAUUUUACUUGCAAACUGUAAGUAUUGAACAAUUCAACUUCAACCCAAUAACAUCAUUUCUCUUCACUCUGGACUUCUUUAUAAUCGCCCUUAACAUAUAUGCGUUGGUGUGCGUCAUAUCGCAGUUUCAAGAGUACAUUGAUGGGCGAGGGACCGCGUCGUUCGACUAUUCCGAUAGGCUAGCUGGAGUUCAGUACAUUGCACAACCUCCUCAAACUACAACUACGAGUUCCGCUCCUAGUGGCCGUAGACGAUCCGCCCCAAGGCCACUGCUCAGUCGAUGUGACCCUGAAGAGUUUUCUGAAGCACCAUCUAGAGCAAUUACUUCUGUGUUGUCAAAGCCAUCUCGAUCUAACGUCAAGAAGCAUGUUCAGUUCCCGGACGAGCAAAGUUGCAUUGAAGAAGCACCCGAAACUUCAAAUGGGAACGAAGGAAAAUCUUCGUCCCGCGUGAUCAGCUCGUUGUGGAUGGAGCUGGAGACUGAAGCUCCACCACCGGAACGCUGACGACGUCGCAGCGAGCAGUAUUACCGGCCAGUUUCGCGCGCCCGAAAUGAGCGUCGCAAAAUGUCCGCCGCCGGAGUACCGCCCGCUACACCCGACAUUCAAGACUCGUCAUUGUAAACUAUAAAACAGUGAUAACUAACCGUAACCUAUCGUUUUACUGGCCGUUUUGUACACAUAUAAAAAUUACCUUUAAUUAUAUUCAAGUGCAAAUUACCUUUUACGACGUUUCUAUUAUUCUGAAUGUGAAUGAAAAUGUAGAUGAAGUUACUCAAACAAAUAUAGUAAGCACAUGCAUAUAGCAUAAGGCAUCAACAAACGCUGGCGCCAUAAACAGAUUUCAAUUGAAUAGUUAGGCAGGCGGGUUACAACGUAAAUCGUAAGAUGAAACACCGAAUACACGCUUAGUUAUUGGUUUUUAAAUUUCAAUCGUAUUCGCUAUACAGUCGUUUGGCAAAUCACUAUCGAGUGAAGCGUGAUCUGUGUUCGUCUUUUGUUUUACAUUAACACCUCAGG